AUGCCCUAUUUCCGGUUUGUGUACCUGGAUGAAGAAGAACAGGCGGCCCGGGAAUACCCCCGGCAGUCCCUGACCUGGGUACGGGACCUGGGCGGUUACCGGCGUACCAUCACCCACGGCGACGAAAUCAACAUGGACCUGGACCACUGGCGCCGGACUCGCACCGCGGAACCGGCCAGCUAUGAGUCAGAGCUUGAUACUACCUGCUACUUCGGCACGCCGGAGCAGUGCGUGGAGCGGAUUACUAAACUGCGGGACGAACACGGCAUCGGGUACUUCGGCGCCAGCAUGUCCUUCGGUAGUAUGGAGCACUCAAAGGUAAUGCAGUCAAUGGAGCUCUUCGCCAGGGAAGUGAUGCCCAGGUUUCGGUAA